AAGGAAUCAGAAAACACCUCCACCAUGAGUUCAUUCAUUCCUUCUGUACCGGUCUCUCCAGCGGUCAGACCCGGAAAGCUCCGGACUUCGGAAACGUGACGGCAUCAGGAUGUGGAAUGAAAAAAACCAGAGUCCACCCUCUGACCGCAGCCAGGUGGUAGCCAUCAUCAUUUUCCUUCUCGGCCUUCAAACUCUGCUGCCCUGGAACUUCCUCAUCACUGCCUCGCAGUAUUUCAACGAGCGGCUCCUGGUACCAAACACAACCACUAAUGGCACAAUAGACGAAACAUUAAAAGAAUAUAACUUUGACAGCUGCAUGGCUUUGCUCUCCCAGCUGCCUCUGCUGCUGUUCACCUUCCUCAACUCCUUCCUGUAUCAGUGGGUGAAGGAGCAUUUCCGUGUGACCUUCAGCAUGGUAGUCAUCUUCGUUCUCUUCUCCCUCACGGCUGGCCUUGUCCAAGUCCCCAUGCAGCCAGACACCUUCUUUUCAGUCACCAUGGCAACCAUUUGGUUCAUCAACAUGUUUGGCGCAGUGCUACAAGGCAGCCUCUUCGGUGUGGUCGGCUUGUUUCCUCCACGUUACAGUACUCUGUUCAUGAGCGGUCAGGGUCUGGCCGGGAUCUUUGCUGCCAUCGCCCAGCUCUGCUCCAUCCUGAGUGAACCUGAUCCCAGCUCUGCUGCAUUGGGAUACUUCAUCACUCCGUGUGUGGCCACGCUGGGGAUUCUGAUAUGUUACCUGCUGCUGCCACACCUGGAAUUUGCUCGUUUUUACCUGAACAGAAGUCAGUCGGACAAAGUGGAGGCGUCGCAGGAUCUCCUGAGCAGCACAGGCAAAAAAGUCCUGACCAGCAAAAAAAAAGACCUGGAAGCCAGCAGUAAGACCUGCAGUCACGCUGAGGAGAGUCAGGAGCGCUCUUCUGUUCUAACCGUGCUCAAAAAGAUCCGGCUGAUGGCUCUGUGUGUGACCUGUGUCUUCACUGUUACCCUCUCAGUAUUUCCUGUCAUCACCAACCAAGUUAAAACCGUCUACACGGAAAGCCCUGCAUGGGAGAAAGUGUUCACUUGUGUUUGCUGCUACAUCGUUUUUAAUGGCAUGGAUUUGCUCGGCCGCGGGGCCCCGUCUCUCGUUCAGUGGCCGUCAGCAGGGAGCCGAAUGUUUCCUGCUGCUGUGCUGGCUCGUCUGGUCUUCGUACCUCUGCUCAUGAUAUGUAACAUCCAGGACUCGGCCACAGUCGUGUUUAGGCACGACUUUGGCUUCAUCACCAUCAUGGCCCUGUUUGCCUUCUCUAACGGGUACCUGGCGAGUCUCUGCAUGGCUUACGCUCCACAGCUGGUGCAGCAUAAGGACUGUGAGACCGCCGGCUCUCUGAUGUCCUUCUUCCUGGCUCUGGGACUGGUUCUAGGAGCGUGUCUAUCAUUCCUACUGGAUAAACUUGUCUAAAAAACUGGGACAAGGAGACCUCACGCAGCCUAAAUGUUUACUGUUUACCUUACAGUUGAUGAAAAAAUUCACCAUCGCAUCUAAUUGGAAGCUGUUUUUAAGAGAAGAAAUGGGCUGUGGCUUCAUCAGAAUGCCAGUUAUUGUCCUUAAAGCAUUAAAAUAAGCAGAAAAAGGUAUGAAAUAGACAAUAAAAGAAAUAAAAUCAAUUAAAAAUAAUUAGGUAAGAGCAAAGAUUUAAGGGUAAACUGGAAGGAAAAUUAAUUUAUUAAUUAUAUAUAUUGACUUAUGAGGUUAUAGUGUUGAAUUUGACCUUUUUUUAAUUUUAGGUUAUGGUAUUUCAUUUUUUGUAUUUUUUUAUUACUUUUAUGAAUUUUUCUUUGGGUUUUAAAAGGAAAAUUUUUAUGAAUUGUUAGGGUGUUUUUUUAAACAAUGUUGGGCCUGUUUGUACUU